AUGAACAUGACCCCACCUCCCACCAAGGACAGAUUCCAGCAAUAUGCAACAGCCAAUACUGCUACAGCUAUUGAUACCACCACCAGCACCACCACCACAACCACAGCCAUUGAAGACUUGCUGGUAGAAAAUCCAGAAAAAAUGGACACUGCAGGCUUUGUUUGGCUCUUACCCCUCAUAAACAUGGGAAGUGCUUUCUUCUUCUACACAAACACACAAUUGGCAUUCCAUAGCUUUAUGGAUGUUUGCAGUGGGCAUUUGUGGGUCAAUGUAGAUGGAAACGCCUACAUGAAUGACAUUGUCAAACCAGUUUUAAAUGGUCCUGUCACACUCUCCAUAUCCAUUCUAUUCGGUACUCUCAUCAGUAUGACCAUACAAACACUAUACAGACGACAAAUUGCUCUACACCAAACACUCAUCAGUACCGUCGAGGAAGUACGAGAACUACAGUGGCUCGUAGAAGGGUUUCCAGAACCCUACAAAUCAUCCGGUCAUACACUCCUCACCAGAUUCCUUCAGGCUUCCUUUCGCGACUUUGAAACACAACAAGUCACACCCGAAUCCAUUCGAACCAGAGAAAUGACACAAAUGCUCGUUCUACUCAAUGAACUCUCCAAAACCACUAAUUCUCCCGACAUUAUCGUCUGCGAAGCCUACGGAUGCGUCCAUCGACUCAAAGAUCGCAGAGCCGAAUUCAUGAGUGGACUACAAACCGUCUUUAGUACGGCCCAUUACGUCGUCAUUGGACUCCUCGCUACUACCUUGCUCUUUGUCUUUUUGUUGGAAGCCGACAACGAUACGCUCCAGUUCUUGUUGGACUUUCAACUGUCCAUUUGCUGGGCAUUGCUCGUGGGGUCCUACAGCAUGCUCGCUGUCAUUAUUUACGAUCUGUCGCGACCCUUUACGGGCAUAUUCACACUCAUGAAGGGCGUCGACUUUGUCGCCAGUGAACGAGCCACCGAUAUUGUGCCCGAAAUCAAACUCACAACCUCCUUGAAUGGAAAUGGAAACAACAGUAACAACGACAACGAAGCAGAUCGAAACAAAGAAAAUGGAACUGACGACGACGUCAACGAAAUCUUUAGUGAGGUGACCAUCAGCAAAGAAAAGGACAGCGACGAAGAAAACAAGGAGAGCGACAAUGGCGCUCGUUGA